UUAAAUCUCACUGAUAUGAUAAGGGAAGUCACGUGGAGAGACAGACAGAGCGCCGGGGAGGAAUGCAUGGGGUUUGUUUACUGCAGCAACCGGAGGCUGCGAAGUGGAGAGAGACCGUUCGCUUCCUUGCUCUGACUUGGGCGCACCAAAGGAUGCUGGAGAGAGGAUCUGAUUCUGCAAGGUGUAGAAUCGCGCAUCGGCCGAUGUAAAAGCAACCGCAGCGACAACGACAACCCCAAAGCAGCCAUUCGCCUAUAAUGGGACCGGGCAUCCGAGAGUAUCCCUUUCCGCUGCGCGCAGGGAGCCUGCAAAACGAAGCUCCGGCCCAUGAGAUCCUCGAAGGAAAAGGAAUGGUAACUUCCAGUGGAGGAAAGAGCCAUCCAAAUGCCAAGGAAAUCAAGAAAUCGCCACCACAUAGAAGACCUUCUCCCAGCAGACUUGCCAAAAAUAUUUCAGCCGCUACUGAAAAGACUUCCUGUCAUGCAACAGAACACAAGCAGGCAACUCUUCACUACAAAGAAAAAACCCAACUUUGUGAAAAUCUCCAACAAAACAGAACAACAAAUGUUUGCACUUCUUUGUACAAAGCGCCAAGGUUAAAAAAGGAGCCUCUGGUCAGAAAGUAUUACGAGGCUGGAUGGAGCAAAAUCCCUUCUGUGCUAAAGGAUGCUUCCUGGAGUGAUUCCAGCGGAGCAGAAGAUGGGCUGACUCAGAGUUUUUGUUGCAAGCAAAAAGGCAAUUUAGAGAGAAACUCUGGAGGGCAUUCAGCUGCAGCAGACCCCUACAGCCCGGGAUAUCAAAGCGCCUCUGCUGGCGCGAUGUUUCUUGACUUCGAAUCCAUGCGGAUCAUGAAGGACGAUUCUGAUCAAGACAGCGCCAGUGACCUUUCCGACUCUGAGAGAAUCCCCAUUCCCCCUUCGCCUUGCACCCCUCCGGAGCUCAACCUGCGAGCGGAGGAGAUUGACCCUCUGUGCUUCGAACACCUCUUUGACGCAAAAUUCAAGCAGCCUGAUUACUAUUACCCAGACUUCCUGCCGCCCCCUUUCAACACAUGGGACUUGAAAGGGCUGGUGGCGUUCGUCCACACGGAAUGCAAAUCAGAAACUCGGCCAGAGCCGGCGGGGACGCUUGAGAAGUACGUCGACCGGCUUUUGGAGCUGGAGUGGCUGCAGAUGCAGACGAUACAGGCUGAGAAAGGGAAGGCAGCCAAGACAAGGCCUCAGACUGCUCCCGGUGCCCUCCGGACCUUAAAAAGCCCUGGCAAAAACAAACCGCUGCACAGUCCUUUUCCACAGAAACAACUGACUGUCCACGAAGGUUUCCCAAGAGUCCUCACCGGCCAGCAGGGUCACAGAAGAGAGUUGCAUGGUGAAGGACCCAGCCAGGUUGUUCCCUAUGAAGGUCAGUUGAGAACAGCUGAAGCGACGUGUGGCUUCUCAGCUCGCCCCAGGCCCCGAGGCGAAGCCAAAAAGCGGCCUACCACCAAGCAGCAGUUGGUCAGUAAGCAUCCUCCUGAGAGUAGCUCUAUGAUCCAGGGAGCUGGCAACAUCAGGCCACCCAAGCAACCUUCUUCCUUCCACGGUUCAGCUGUCCCUCUCAAGGGGCUGCCAGCUCACGCCUGCCCAAAUCCCCAAAAGAACGGGAAUGCUGGUAAUUACGUUCCUGCCAAAAAAGUUUCAACGGAUAAGAAGCUAAAGGCAAAUGGCACGAAGCAAACGCCAUGUAAAUUUAAAUAAUGCUGCAGUAGCAGAGUUUGCUGUUCUUGUUGCUGUGGGGCUUGGCAAUCCUUUCUGUGUGGCAAAGAGCUAGAAUAGCAGUUCAAGUGCUGGGGAGAAGGAAGAAAUAUGCUCCUCCCUGAUUCCCUUGCCAUGCAUUGUGAUUGGACUUGGUGUCAGAGGUCUGGUUCACCCCUCCCCAAUCAACACAAUCCAGGAAGCUAAGUGCACCAUCCCUUGUGGUGACUCCCACUGCAGGGGCCAGUGGGAAAAGGUUCUUGCUUUUCAUUACACACCGAUAAAAACCUGCUCAAAGCCCACCCGAUCUUGUUCCUACACUGAUUUGAAAUAUCUGGUUCUUAAGUGGCCAGGUAAUAACCCUUUUCCUUUCUGUUGAGCUACGUUUUCUCAGGUUGUUUUUUUUACAAGAAAAUGCUGUUGUGAGGUGGGAGGACCUUGCUGUUUUCCCAAGAUACUUCAAAGUGUGCUGUCAUGCGGUGAUAUAGAGAUAUGCUCGUAAGGAAACAACAGCAGCAGCAGCAAUUUAUUAUUUUUAUGCUGCCCAUCUGACUGGGUUGACCCAGCCACUCUAGGCAGCUUCCAACAAAUUAUAAAACUGUACUAAAACAUCAGAUAUUAAAAACAACACAUGCUUGUUUCCAAACAAGCUUACCAUUGCCACAUUUGCACCUCAAUUUUACCGCACAGGGAUGCAUUUAUAAGCACCAAUACAGGCAUAAAAGUCAUGGGAAUUUCUCCCCUGUUUAAAAUGAUACUGCAGAGUUGCUACAUUUGGAGAAACAGAGAUUUAUUUGCUUUAAUCAGGGAAGCUUCAAAUAGAAUGGGAACUCAUCGUUUUGGGGACAGUCAUAUGAGAAGAAUGGGGAUGAUGAAUAUGUACCAUGACUUGGGGAUGAUGAAUAUGUACCAUGACUGUCAGGCCACAGCUAAGUGGUAGAGCAUCUACUUUGCAUGCAGAAGGUCCCUCGUUCAAUCCACAGCAUCUCCAGGUAGGGCUGGGAAACUCCUGCCUGAAACCCUGGAAAGCCACUGCCAGUCAGUGUAGACAAUACUGAGCUAGAUGGACCAAUGGCCCAACUGUAGAUGAGGCAUCUUCAUAUGUUGCUAUGAUAGAGCCAUGGGGGAAGUUGCAUGGCAGGGUGAAGAGAUGGCGCCAUUGAAGAUUUCUCAGCUGAUCAGAUUGAGGGGGAGACUGAUGGGGCAUGAAUGAAAGGAAUACAGGCAGGUCUGUGGGAGACCUAGCUAAAUAGACCCUGCUCAAACAGGAUAAGAGUUUACCUGGUAAGGGUAGAUCACAAGCCAGAUAGUGAAUCUGGAACACACUAUCCAAGCAUCCCAAAGAUGGCAGGGCCUUCUCUCCUAAUGACAAAAGCAUGUGUUGCCAUAUGCUAGAGCUUUAUUGUGAAGUUGACACUAAUUUACUCUUAGUAGUUUGUGGAGGAAGUCUGGGUUCCUCAGGAAUAUUCAUGGCUAGAUUGCUCAAGCCACACAUUCCAAGAGUCACCACUAUACAUGGUUCAUCAUCUUUGAUCUUAUAUCAGCAGAAAGUAUUUUUGCUACAGCGAAAGGGUCUUCUGUUGGUCUUCAGUCAAAGGGUUGGUUAUUUUUGAAUGCAGAAAGUUUUAAGGGGGAAACAUUAUUUAUUUCACUUGUCUUUGAAGGAUUUGCUCCUGCCUAAUCCUGGAACAAGCAAACAAGGAGAACCCGAUCAAGCCUUUUGCCUUGUUUAGCAGCAAGUUUGCAGGCAGUUCCUGCCAUUGUGUUUGUGGCAGUGUUUUCCUUCCAAAGUCUUUGUCGGCUUAAAACUGAGCCAGCAAGCUUUAUCUAUGCAAAGUCAAAACAUCUCUGAGCUCCAUAAUUUUUCUCAGCCUCUGUGAUGGCUGACCAUUUUCCACUCUGGCUUGGGAGCUAAAAACGUUAGGAUUCUAAGGGUCCUUCCAGCAAAGCUAAGUGUAUACUUGGAAGUGAAAUAUCCUGAUGAUUUUGCACAUAAUUUGAAUAAGGAUCAGCAUAGCUGAUGUUUGACAUAGCAGCAGCAGCCUCAUUCACAAAAGCAUUACAGUCACAAGAGAAACCCAAUCCUUUGAUGCUCUGGGUUGUAUAAAACUAAUUGCUUAGUCUGUGAAAGGAUAUCUGCUUGCACAACAUAACUCCCCCCUUCUCCCACCAUGCACCAAAUCUGUGGGCAGGAGCUUGACCUGUAUUUCCAAUGUGGCACAAAGACUGUCUGAUCACAUCUUCAGGUGUAAGCAAGACUUCAUAGUAAGCAUGCAACUACAAAUUAUAAUCAUGAAUCAGGUUCUCUCCAUAAUAUCUAGUAUAACUUAAUUCAAAUUGUGAUGUCAUGAUAUUCUACAUUUUGUUGCCAAGUGGACAGCUGAAGGCAUGGAAUAGGAGAGGAGAAAUGCAGCACAGUGCAAUAUGCGUAAGUUCUGCUACAAGUUAUGCAGAACUAGUAAUGGAGGCGCCACUAAGAUUUUUUGAAUCUUAUCCCGGUGCUUAGUUUGGUCCUCAACACAUUCAUUGACUCGUAUUUCUAGUCCUCUCUUGCUUGGUAUACCACAAAGCACCCAAAAUAUCAUUUAAUCUGCUUAAAACAGGUAAAAUUUACCAAAGGCAAUACUUUGCUCUACAGCUGUUUUGGAAAGGCCAGAGUUGAAUGCCUACAGUGCUUCCAACAAAUGGCCAGGAUUUUUUUCCAGGUUUUAAGGGGAUAGGAACAUGAUAAAUCCAAUUCAGAGAAGUACUGAUUCAGAACUAUGUGUUACGUCACAUUUAAAAUGGCCACAGUAUAGUUAAACCAUGGUCUCGGGAGGUUGGUGGACACAUGGAGCUCUCUGGUCCACAAGGGCUACUGCAUUUGCUUCAGUGGAAGACGAGGGCUGUAGAGGCAUCAUUUCAUGCCUGCAAAGCAGCACCCUCCUCCGGAUUGAAUGGGGAGGCCCCACGCACAUGAAAUCUCUCUGUAUGCAUCAGAAAACACUUGGGGAUCUGGAAAGCAGAAUAAGGUUAUGGCAAGGCAGUUGAAAAUGUUGCCCUGACCUCUUCCACAGAAUGUUCUUCAGCAGAAGACAUUGAUAAUAAAUGUGUAUGUAUACCUUCAGUUUAUUUUCAGGUGUGAUUUAAUUGGAAGUUUAAAAAGCAAGUUGUGUGCAUACUUAAACCAGCCUUUUAUUGGUAUGUAUUCGUUCCCCCCUGCUCUGGUGCUUUUGAUCAUAACUUUCUAAGCUCUGAAAGCAUGGAAAUGAGUCACAUCCAAAUGUCCUUAAAAUAAAUAAUGAAACAGGAUUUAUUUGUUGUACUUCCAUUGUAAGAUGCCAUGUUCUCAGGAAUGGCUGAAAACUGAUUGGUGUAUUUAUUUAUUUAUUUUUGAACUUUGCAGGUGUUUUCUUCCAAGUCAGACCUAGCCUUGAACCAUAUCACUCAUCUGUGUUAUUGUCUGAAGGUCAUACGA